AUGUCCGAAACGGCCCCUGUCGCGCCCGCGGCCCCGGCCCCCGCGGAGAAGGUUCCGGCCAAGAAGAGGGCGAAGAAGCCGGCGGCGGGCGGAGCGCGGCGCAAAGCUGCGGGGCCCUCGGUGUCCGAGCUGAUCGUCCAAGCGGUGUCGGCGUCCAAGGAGCGCAAUGGGGUGUCUUUGGCCGCCCUGAAAAAAGCUCUGGCCGCCGCCGGCUACGACGUGGAGAAGAACAACAGCCGCAUCAAGCUGGGGCUCAAGAGCCUGGUCGCCAAAGGCACUUUGGUGCAAACCAAAGGCACCGGCGCCUCGGGCUCCUUCAAAAUCAACAAGAAGGCCGCCGGCUCCGAAGGCAAGGCCAAGCCUAAGGCUAAGAAGUCCGCGGCCGCCGCCAAGCCCAGGAAAGCGGCCGGGGCCGCCAAGAAGCCCAAGAAGCCGGCGGCCACCGGGGCCAAGAAGAGCGUGAAAAGGACCCCGAAGAAAGCCAAGAGACCCGCAGCGGCGGCGGGGGCCAAGAAGGCGGCCAAGAGUCCGAAAAAGGCCAAAGCGGCUAAGCCCAAGAGAGCAGCCAAGAGUCCGGCCAAACCGAAGCCCGUGAAGCCCAAAGCGGCCAAGCCUAAGGCUGCGAAACCCAAGGCGGCCAAACCCAAAAAGGCGGCGGCGUCUAAGAAGAAGUAGGAAAUGACUG